AUGCGCCCAGGGUCACUUCCCUCGUGCCCUAUUGAACUCUUCGGGAUAUCUUCUUCCCCUGACUUCUCACUGCGGCCUUUUGCCCGGAGUUCAAAUCAGAACAUGCAAAAGCUGCAGCAGCACCCUCCAGAGGGGGCCCCCCAAGAGCUACCAGCAUCUUCUCCCCAGGGGGCCCCUGUGCCCACCGCUGCCCCCACCCCCAACACAACACCCCCCCAAACGCAGCCACCAAACCCCUCAGAGACUUCUGCUGCGCCUACGGAACCUCUCGUGGGGGCCCCUAGGGGCCCCCUGGGUCCUCGGGAGCCCCUGGGGUCACUCCUCGAGCCCAGCGCCUGGGAGGCCCUCAGGGGCCCCCUUUCUCAGCCAAACCCCACUUCAGAAGAGGCACCGCCGGCAUCUCAGCCUCAGGGCCCCCUCAAUGGCUUCCAACAACUCCCGUUUCGCCCGGAACAGCAGCUGCUGCUGCAGCAAAUUCAGCAGCAGCAGCAGCAGCAGCAGCUCCCGCGGUCAGAGGCGCCGCAGGCUGCACAGCAGCAGCUUCCCUUCUACCCACACGUGCCCACGCUUCAGAGCCUUCUGCUUCAGUCGAUUCCCCGGGCCUACGGGCAACAAUACCAGCAGCACGAGCCGCUGCAGCACGAAGCCACACAGCAGCAGCAGCAGCAGCACCAGGAAGCCACACAGCAGCAGCAGCAGCAGCACCAGGAAGCCACACAACAGCAGCAGCAGCAGCACCAGGAAGCCACACAACAGCUGCAGCCCCAGCAGCUGCUGCAGCGGCCGCUUGACUGCCCCCAAAGAUCUCUGGGGCAGCCCCAAGGGCCCACUGAUGGUACCCUCAGGGGGCCCCUAGCAGCACUGUCGGGGCCCCCGAUGGUGCAGAGGCACCGGGCCUCGACGGAGCAAGCUGCUGCUACUGCUGCUGCUGUUGCUGCUGCUGCUGCUGCUGUCCCAGCAGCUGCAGCAUGGCCUGCAGACUGGGACAGGGGCGUCAGAGAUGGAGAGGGGCCCUCAGCAGUUCAGCCCGGAGACCGCAAAAGGAAGCCUACAGGGAAGGCUGCUGCCUCCAGGCGCAAAGUUGCUGCUGUAGAUCCACGGCAGCAGCAGCAAAAGCAGCAGCAGCAGCUCCAGUACAGGGAGCAGCUUGACAUCAGCCUACUGCAGCAGCAACACGGACUGCAGGGCCUGCCGGUAAAUGCUGGCGUGAGUGUGUCGGCGAGGCAGCAGCAGCAGCUGCUCAUUCUGCACCAGCUGCUGCUGCAGCAGCAGCGCUCGCUCUUCCAGCACGCUGAGCAGCAGCAGCAGCAGUGGCAGCUGCUCCAGCGGGAUUUGUCCCUGCUGCAGCCUAGAGAGCAGCAAGCGCAGCAGCCAGGCGACAAGUCCUCAGUGCCUCUUGCUUCCUCCCAGCCUUCUGCUGCCGCAGCAGCAGCAGCAGCAGCAAGACACACGCUGCAGCAGCUGCAGCAGCUACACCAAGCUGCCCUGCAGCUGCAGCACAAGGAGCUGGGGCUCUCGAUGCGCGAGCUAGAGACCCUCUAUCUGCCCCUUCUGUGGAGCUCCAGCAACAACAGUAGCAGCAGCAGCAGCAGCAACAGUGCCAGCAGCAGCAGCAGCAACGCAGGGGAGGCGUCCCUAGGGAAGUACAGCAGCUGGAAAAGAGAUAAGGGGACUUUUUUUGCUGCUAUUGGCGAGGGCUGCUGGAUGGCGUGGCCAGCUGAGCGCCAAAACGGCAGCAGCGAGUGGCUGCUGCAGCAGCAGCAGCAGCAGCUGCAGCCCCUGCUGGCAUGCGUGGUGGGGGAGAAGGAGCAGCGAGCUCUGCUGCAGCACAUCUGGUGCAGCGGGGCAGAUGCCCUGGAAGCUGCUGCUGCUGCUCUGCGGGGGCCCCCGGGGGCCCCCAGCUUCGUUGAUAUUGUAAUGAGGCUGCCCCCACCUUGCUGCUAUUCCUGGUCUGUAAGAAAGAAGGGGAUUUUAUUUGUGUGGCGGCAUGUAGCAAGUGGGGAGCAGCAGCAGAAGCAGCUGCAGCAGCAGCAGGAGCCACUGCUUCAGCAGCAACAGGGGGAGCAGCUGCUGCAGCAGCAGCAACAGCUGGCCCCGUAG